UGAGCAAGGCGAAAGGAGAAUUAAUCAACCACUGUGUGACCAGGCAGGCGAAAAAGAGUGGCGCGUGGGGGAGGGGAGGCUCUUUAGAGCAACAUGCUGAACUGUACGCAGCACUAAGGGCUACUUAGACUGAAGGAAACCAUCACACACUGCGUUUCAAUUGAUACAUUUGUUUACAAUUAGCUUUAGCGUAAAUUACAUCUUAUAAUUUUUUUAAUUAGAAUUAAACUGAGGUGGAAAGCUGUUAACUUAAAGCGCCCCAAAACACUGCAUCUUGUGUAUUUGGGUGAUUUUAACGGCUGACAUUUAGCUCCCGGUUAAGCUAAUUAGGGCAGCUAGCAACAAACGGCGUAAUUAACUCUCUAAUUAACCUGUAUUUGGUGAGUCCUCACUUCAAUAUUCAGGUUUAAGGUCAGCCAACCUUCACCCCCCCACCUCCCCUGUGCUCGAGUCUGCAUCUGUGCUGCCGCGUCUACUAUCUGCUGCUCAGUGAACGCUGAAACUUCAGCCCGACACCACCAAACUUCACCGUGCCCCCCCGCGCGUCCGGCCGGGCUAACACUUUUUUAUUUUUUUUCCGGGCGGCGGGGUGAAUUUAGCCGGCGGUGAGUCACACGGUCCGCGGUAGAAACUUGAAAAUAUGACGAUCAUCAAAAUGGGAGGAAAGUCUUUGCUGGCGUGCUGAAGUUGGAGGUUCUCCCCCCACCAACACCCCCGUGGAAGAGAGGAAGAGAGGUGGCGGACACCACGAGUUCACCCUCACGGUAAAAAGGAGUGAGCUCAUCCUUCCAGCAGACCCCCCCCCUUCAUUGGGCUAAGAUGAGUAUAACCAGUGACGAAGUGAAUUUCCUGGUUUACAGAUACCUCCAAGAAUCAGGUUUCUCCCACUCAGCGUUCACAUUUGGCAUCGAGAGCCACAUCAGCCAGUCUAACAUCAACGGAACACUAGUGCCCCCUGCAGCCCUCAUAUCCAUCCUGCAGAAAGGCCUCCAGUAUGUGGAGGCAGAGAUCAGCAUUAAUGAGGACGGUACGGUCUUCGACGGUCGACCCAUCGAGUCGCUGUCGCUCAUCGACGCAGUGAUGCCAGACGUGGUGCAAACGCGGCAGCAGGCUUUCCGCGACAAACUCGCCCAGCAGCAGGCUGCAUGCACCACUGCAGCUUCAACUUCUGGGAACCAGCCAAAUGCACCAAAGAACGGAGAAGCCACCGUAAACGGAGAGGAGAACGGCACUCACGCCAUGAAUAACCACAGGGAGCCCAUGGAGACGGAUGUUGACAUUGAGAUACCAGCCAGUAAAGCCACAGUGCUGCGAGGCCACGAGUCUGAAGUCUUUAUCUGUGCCUGGAACCCCGUCAGCGACUUGUUGGCCUCUGGCUCGGGCGACUCCACCGCCCGCAUCUGGAACCUCAAUGAGAACACCAACUCCAACUCCACCCAGCUGGUGCUGCGCCACUGCAUCAGAGAGGGCGGCCAGGAUGUCCCCAGCAACAAAGACGUCACCUCACUGGACUGGAAUAGCGACGGGACCCUGCUGGCUACAGGUUCAUAUGAUGGAUUUGCCAGGAUAUGGACCAAGGACGGAAAUCUGGCCAGCACUCUGGGGCAACACAAAGGACCCAUAUUUGCACUGAAGUGGAACAAGAAGGGAAACUCCAUCCUCAGCGCUGGUGUGGAUAAGACGACAAUCAUUUGGGAUGCACACACCGGGGAAGCCAAGCAGCAGUUUCCUUUUCACUCAGCUCCGGCGCUGGAUGUGGACUGGCAGAACAACACCACCUUUGCCUCCUGCAGCACAGACAUGUGCAUCCACGUGUGCCGCCUGGGCAGCGACCGGCCCCUCAAGACCUUCCAGGGCCACACGAAUGAAGUCAACGCCAUCAAGUGGGAUCCAUCGGGUAUGCUGCUGGCCUCCUGCUCAGACGACAUGACCUUAAAGAUUUGGAGCAUGAAACAGGAUUCCUGCGUCCACGACCUCCAGGCUCACAGUAAAGAAAUCUACACUAUUAAGUGGAGUCCCACAGGGCCCAGCACAAAUAAUCCCAACUCCAACAUCAUGCUCGCCAGCGCGUCCUUUGACUCCACGGUGCGGCUGUGGGACGUGGAGCGCGGCGUGUGCAUCCACACGCUGACCAAACACCGCGAGCCCGUUUACAGCGUGGCGUUCAGCCCCGACGGCAAGCACCUGGCCAGCGGCUCCUUCGACAAGUGUGUUCAUAUCUGGAACACCAUGACGGGAGCUCUGGUGCACAGCUACAGGGGGACCGGGGGCAUCUUCGAGGUGUGCUGGAACAGCACUGGAGAUAAAGUGGGUGCCAGUGCUUCAGACGGCUCGGUUUGUGUUCUUGACCUGCGAAAAUAGCUGACCUGAGACUUAAACGGAUCCUCGAAUGUGCAGAAAAUUGCCUUCUCCUGACGUCAACAAACACCCCCUCCUUUGUCUGGAAGGGCCGUAAAGGUGGACUCCAAUGAAACCCUCACAGGUGUAGACCCAGAUGCUGCCAGCGGCUUGAACAGCAGCUGAGUUCAAUGCAGCUUGUUAACGCUUGUUUUCUAAUAAGUCUGAGGCAAGAUGGAAACUGGCUCAGAAAUCCCCAAAAAGUGGCCUUGGCUCCCCGGGUGCGUCCGAGUAUUAACAGGUUCCUGAUGACGACGUGCGGCGCUCGCUGCGGGUCCAGCUGUUGUGGAGCUGCGAGGGUGGAAACGCAAAGAUGAGGCGGGUUUUCUGAAGGAAGGAGUGGUAACAAGAGCCAGGUGUCGGGACUGUGCGGAAGGAAGGCUGCGGGGUUUACGAUUCCUCCGAGGAGGCGUUACUUAAACGUCGACGUGAAUUAACCACCAACGGGGUGGGCGUGGCUGACGCCCGGCUCCCAGGCGGCGCUGCUGUCCCCUGACGAGGUGCUCGACGACUCCUGCGUGGAGGAGUCCGUCAUCAGAAUGGCUGCUGCCGGUGUUUUGGGAUGUUCUUGAAUGUCGCCGCUGCCUGGUGGUUCUUAGCUUCAUCAUGUGACCUGAGAUGGAAAAAAAAAAAGACGUGGAAAAGGUGUGAACAGUGUGGCUUAAAGAGUCUAACUCCCUUUUUUUUGGAUGUAAAUUUCAAGAAUGUAAAGAAAAAAAUGUAAAUUAGAUUAAUACACAGACUUAUAUACUGUGUAUAUAUAUGUUUAUAUACAGUACACUUUAUUGCCAUCUAUAGGGGGUCUUUACGGCUGAAGCUGUCGCAUCUUUUUUUUAUCAAAGUGCAUGUCUCAGUUUCUGUCAGUGCAGUCUUUCUGAACUCUGCCAUCCUAUCAGCUGUUACGUUUUCUGUAGAAUCAGUUAGAAAUGGUAUCAUGCAGUCGGCCCACACAACACCUGCAUCCAUGGCGUAAACGGUGCAGGAGAUGAUGUUUUUUUAAAACUUUUAAUGGCUUUAAAGUUUGUGUGCAGACGGAACACCGCGGAGCGAUCAAACCCCCAACCCCCAGAGAGUUCUUGCAGCUUAAUCUGCAUCACUGUGUUUCCUGUUUGGCACUUUUUCCUCGUCAGGCUGCUGAGCUGUUAGAUUCCAUCGCAGCCAGAAAGUGGCGUUUAUGCAAAAAAAAAAAAAAAAGAUAAAAGUUGACUUUAUGGGUUUUAGCUGAUCGGAAGGCCUGAACUGCGAAGCCAGAAGACCUCAGGUUCAAGCCUGAUGUUCCAUCACCGCCAGUCUAAGCCGUCUUCCUGUCCUCUGAGCAUCAGGAUGAUGAGGAAAACUUCGUCUUCAAAUCUUCACUUCAACGGCGUCCACAUUCUGCAGCUGCAGCAGCCCCAACAUGUAGUUAGAGAAACGCAGCUCAGGAUUCAUGAUUGUAAACAAAAGAACGGCCUCCACUGAAGCUCCAGAGGAAAGCGUCUGCGCAGACUCGGCUUCGCAGCUCAGGCCUGCGGGUGCAGCUCUGCAGACACUAUAAACCACCUCCACUUCAUUUGCCUUUUUCUAGGUCCCUCAUCUUCUGCCAGAGCAACAUGAAGUGCACUUUUUGUAUUAGUGGAUGCUGCAAAUUUUCAAUGAAAGUGAAGGUCCAAUGUUUAAACUUUGCCUUUUUUCCCCCCGCCCCGCCCCUCCUCUCCAUCUCAAAUGAUGGCGUUCUAAUUGGUGUUCAUCGAUUUCUCACAUUUUGUAUUUUUCAUUUGCUGAAGGCCUUUAUUGUCUGUGUCAGACUGAUAAUUGGGCUGCGGGUCGGUGGGACUUUCCCAGCGAGCGGAGAAGCCCGGUUAUGGGACGGGUGCUGUGGCAGUGACACCCGCCCCCGCUGUCACCUGUUUCCAGGCAAAACUUUGAAGUCAUUCAGUGUCUCAAAUAAAUGACUCUAUUUUUAUA